UUGGAUUAUACGAACUAUAUAUAUACGAUUAUACGAACUAUAUAUGAUCUAUGACAACUAUGAAUAUGUGAUCUAUGACAACUAUAAAUAUAUGAUCUAUGACAACUAUAUAAAUAUAUGAUCUACGACAACUAUAAAUAUAUGAUUUACGACAACUAUAAAUAUAUGAUCUACAACAACUAAAAUCCACUAAACCAUGUCCAUGCACAGUAUCUAGAAAACAGAGCUAUACAAUCUUGGACAUAAUUGGUUGAGACCACCUUUCCCCCUGUACGAAAUUCUCACACCCUUUAUGGCAAUUCCAUGUUAAAUGAUAUUGCUCUUCUUAAUUAAGCCCCCGUUCCCCGAACUCAAUGUUGAACUUGUGUCAUGGUAAAUUAUCAAAAGUUACUUCGGCGGGGUCAUCAUCUACCUAUACUAUCCAGGCUCGUGGUUGGUUGAUUAUAACAAUGAAAGACAAUAAAACCAUAUAGAAAUCGUCUUUCUAAAGAACGAGUCACGAACAAUGAUAAUUUUUGUUUGCUAGUUGUUUCACACACAUCGUUCAAUGCGAAGCGAAAUGGAGGGGCUGGGGAAACUGGUGGGGUUGUGGGGGUGGGUACCCAUGUUGGGAUUGUGGCAUCCCAUUCUUGGGUUGUGGGGGCAACUGGUGGUUUUGAGGUGGGAAAUCUUGACCCUGGUUGUAAUAACUAGGAUUAGGGGAAGGAUUAUAAACUGGUGCUGGAUGGGCGGUUUGAAUAGUUUCGGUCUCACGCAGGGCUAUGAUCGCAGUGGUUCUCUGUGCAGGCUGUUCUCGCACCACCACUCCGCGUCGGGACGAGCCACGACAUGAACGGUACGCCAAAACAGCGCCGACAACAACGACGACGAACAGUACUACACCUACGACGAUCACCGGUACAACCCAGCCAGCGGAGCCAGCCACAGGCACAGUGGUCUCAGAUUUCUCACAUUUUGUAGUAUUGGAAUUACACGACUCUUUGGGCCCUCCACAAUCGUCGUCAUCGGAGCAUGUUUCCCCGACACAAUCUUUGCGACACACAUUAGCGAGAGUACCUCGCUUACAGCAAUACCUCGACGAAUAGCAGUCAGAAUUCGAAGUACAUACCGGGCUUACCGGGCAACGAAAUGUAUACUUAUAACUAUUAACGCAUUUGGAAGAUUUACAACAUUCGGCAUCUCCGCGACAAUCACUGUCGGUUGAACAGGAACGCCCUGCUUUCCAGCAUAUUCCACUACUAGUACAGUAUUCCGGCGGACUUCCACACUCAUCGUCAUCUGAGCAC